UAGAUAACAGCUUUUAUACUUGAAUAAAUCUAGUUUCAAAAUAGUAUUUAUUGUGCUGUUGAAGAACAGCAAACUACCAUGUCUGCUCCAGUCCAUCAUCCAGCCACCCCUCACCUGCAAACAAUCCCAGGAGGCUUCACUCCCGGCUGCAUUGCUCAUGUCACCGGCACCUUCACUCCAGGAGCGGCAAGUCUCAUAGUUAAGCUACAGUCAGGGCCAUCAGGGGACCCAACAGAUGAGAUUGGGUUGUGCGUUUAUGGUCGGGUGCGCGAGGGGCAGCUUGGCCGCAACUGCUUCACCCGCUCUGCUGGGUGGGGCAAUGAGGAACUCACCCACUCUGUGCCUGGUCUCUCCCCCAGUGCCACGUUUGAUCUCACUAUUCUCUGUGAUCCUCAACAAUUUAAGAUUGCCUACAAUGGAAAACAUCUAUGUGAGUUCUCCCACAGAACAAACCCUGCUUCCCUCACCUAUCUUCAGGUGGGCAGCCUGCCUGGGGACCUGACGCUGUCAUGCGUGUGGGUGGAGGCGCCCGCAGCUGCCCAGCACGCAGCCAGCGCCCCCGCCAUGGCUUAUGGUGCCCCUCCCCCACCCUACACCCCCAACAACCCCCUGCCUUAUGACCCCAACCCCCAGAUGGGGUAUGCACCUCCCCCAGGCAUGGCACACACGCAGCAGUACCCCCAGCAGUACUCCCAGCAGCACUAUCAGGGAGGCCACCAGCCCAAGGGUCUCAUAGGGAAGCUGACCAACGCCGCGACGGACGUGGCGGGCGCCCUGGGGGCGGGGCACCUCGUGGGCAAGGCCACGCAGUUCCUCAACAAAAGCCCCGGCGGCGGUCACGGCAGCGGGGCGUACCCUCAACAGGGCGGGGUUUACCCUCAACAGGGCGGAGCUUAUCCUCAACAGGGCGGGGCUUACCCUCAACAGGGCGGAGCUUAUCCUCAACAGGGCGGGGCUUACCCUCAACAGGGAGCCUACCCCUACAGCCAGCAUGGAAGCUACCCCCCUCCAGGUGGGGGGCACCACAGCGGGGGCGGAGGACUCCUCAAAAAAGCCGCCAUUUUGGCUCCCGCCGCCAUAGCCAUUGCCGGUCCUGGUAAGGCUCUGAAGUAUGGAGCUCCUCUCGCUGCUGCCGCCUACCUCACCAAGGGCAAGAAAUGCGGUGGAGGCGGAGGCACCAACAAGCUCCUCAAGUAUGGUGCGCCGCUCGCCGCUGGCUACGUCGUCUCCAAGGGCGUCCGCAAAGGGCUUGGGGGAUUCGGUGGAGGCUGGAGUGGAUCAGACUCGGAUUAAUUCAUCUUCUUUUAAUCCUGACUUGAUGAGGUCUUAUGUCAUGGCAAAUAUUUUGGCUGUUGCGCCCAGAGAUCGCAGUGGUCGUGGUCAAUUGUGUGAAAAUAGCGUGUCGACAUUUCGAAGUACGGUCGCAAAUCCCAAACAAACCUUAGCCAUAACUCGUGGGUACGAUACGUUUGUUUUCGUUUCGGGUACACAAAUAGCGUGAAUAUCAAUGAUGUUCUACAAUUCGACGCCAGCUUCCGCUCUUCCUCCUUCUUGUUUGAAGUCGAAGAUUUAUUCUUGGAAAUUUCUUCGCUCUGCCAAAAGUGAACAAAAAAGGUUGUGAAUCUUGAAUUUUGUGUCUUGGCAAAUCUUGCCGUUGCUGAGCGUUUAGCGAUGUGUCAUUAUUAAAAAUGGUUAAUGAUUGUUAAAGCUAGGAGUUUGGAGAUAUCAGAAUGCUGAAGGAAAUUUUGGAUGUCCCGUUAUAGAUAUGCAUGUAUCCAUGUAUAUAACAGAACGAUCAGAUGUUUUUGAAUUACCGUCAUAUGAGCUUUACAUUUGUUGCAGCGUUCAGCACUCGAGUGUUAAACAGUUCAAUCAUCUCGUCCGAGUAUUGCAUGCGUAAUUGAAAAUUUUCGCACGUGUUCCUGAAUCCAAAAUGUCGCGAAAUUACUUGUCAGUAUUUUUUUAAUUUUUGUUUUGUUGUUUAAUCUCAUUAAUUGAUCUGCUCUUUUUCGGUAAUCUCAUUAGUUUAUAUGCUCUAUUUCGGUAAUCUCAUUAGUUGAUCUGCUCUAUUUCGGUAAUCUCAUUAGUUGAUUAGCUAUAUUUCGAUAAUCUCAUUAGUUGAUCUGCUCUAUUUCAGUAAUCUCAUUAGUUUAUCUGCUCUUUUUCGGUAAUCUCGUUACUUGAUCUGAUCUAUUUCGGUAAUCUCAUUAGGUGAACCACUCUAUAUCGGUAAUCUGAUUAGCUGAUCUGCUCUAUUUAGGUAAUCUCAUUAGUUGAUACAAUAUAUUUUGGUAAUGCCAUUAGUUUAUCUGCUCUGUUUCGGUAAUCUCAUAAUUUAAUAUGCCUUAUUUCGGUAACUACAUUAAGGUCUUUUUGA